GAGAGAGAGCGAGAGAGAGAAUCACUGUAAGCCACACACAAGCAAUGCUGAACGCAGCAUGUGCCACCCUACAGACUCUGUCACUUUAUGACGACGAUUGUAUUCACUGAGCACGGGAACCUCCAGGACCUUCCAUCAUCUCUGUUUCUUUGUACACACAGGAGGAUGCAGUGCAAAUGAAACAGGACAUCACUACCUUCUCUCAAACCUGCAGGCUCUGAAUCAGCAUCAGCAAGUUCCAACUCGGACCUUGUGAAGUUUUAGCCAGCCUGUCCUCUUCUGCCUCCUUCUGCUCUCGUCCAGGGAUUUAGUCAGUUCGCUUCUAGCCAUGCAGGUGUCCUUUGCAUGCACAGAUCAUGGGCUCAAGGCACCACGGAACAAUGAGCCAACCAAGCAAAACACAGCAAGUCCGAACACAACGAGUGCAGCCCGGGCUCGGUUCCGCACUGUGGCACUAAUCGCUCGCAGCCUGGGAUCCUUCACACACCGCCACCACAUCUCACUGAAGGAGUCCACAGGCAAACUCACUGGCAUGAAGUACAGAAAUCUUGGGAAAUCCGGAUUGCGAGUAUCAUGUUUGGGGCUUGGAACGUGGGUGACAUUUGGGGGUCAGAUUUCCGAUGAGGUAGCAGAGCAGCUAAUGACUAUAGCCUAUGAGAACGGGGUUAACCUCUUCGACACAGCCGAGGUUUACUCAGCAGGGAAAGCUGAAAUAAUUCUUGGAAAUAUCAUCAAGAAGAAAUGCUGGAGGAGAUCGAGUUUGGUGAUCACUACCAAAAUUUACUGGGGAGGAAAAGCAGAAACUGAAAGAGGUCUCUCGAGGAAGCACAUUAUUGAAGGUCUGAGAGGGUCUUUACAAAGGUUACAGUUAGAAUAUGUGGAUGUCGUCUUUGCCAAUCGGCCCGAUAUCAACACUCCUAUGGAGGAGAUCGUGAGGGCAAUGACUCAUGCUAUAAACCAGGGAAUGGCCAUGUAUUGGGGGACAUCACGCUGGACCGCCAUGGAGAUUAUGGAGGCAUACUCUGUGGCGAGGCAGUUUAACCUGAUCCCUCCAGUGUGUGAGCAGGCCGAGUAUCAUUUCUUCCAGAGAGACAAAGUGGAAGUGCAGAUGCCUGAGCUGUAUCAUAAAAUAGGUGUGGGUGUGGUAUCCUGGUCUCCCCUGGCCUGUGGAAUCAUCACAGGAAAGUAUGAGAAUGGUGUCCCAGAAUCCUCCAGGGCAGCAAUGAAGUCGUACCAGUGGCUGAAGGAUAAGAUAGUGAGUGAGGAUGGAAGGAAACAGCAGGCUAAGCUGAAGGAACUGAGUCACAUUGCAGAAAAGCUUAGCUGUACACUGCCGCAACUUGCCGUGGCUUGGUGCUUGCGGAACGAGGGAGUGAGUUCAGUUCUGCUGGGGAGCUCCAACCCUGCACAACUCACAGAAAACCUGGGCGCAAUACAGGUGCUUCCAAAGAUUACACCUCACAUUGCCUCAGAGAUGGACAAAGUUCUGGGUAACAGACCCCACAGUAAGAAAGACUAUCACCACUGAGGGAUUCUGGGACUGAAACGGAUGUGUGUCAUUCCUGACCUGUCAGUGUGUCUCUCACCUGCUAUGUGGCAUUAAUGUAGACCAUUGCUGUUAUAUUAACAUAAUGGCAGUAUAUUCUGCCCAUACUGUUUCAGUGUGUCUUGAGUCAGUCAGCAGAGCCAUGCAUGCUUACGUGUGUGUCAGUGUGACUGAAGAUCUCUGUGAGAAAAACACCCCACAGUGAUAGUCUAUAUAUUCUAAAGAUGUCCCUCUGUCUAACAUGCAUAAUAAGAAACCGUUACUGGUUGGUCAUCCCUCUUUUGUCUCCUUGAUUACUUUGGACAUUAAAGGACAAGUCUGUUUGAAUCAUCUUGCCUGAGGAUAAAAUGUUAGACUCUAACAUUUAAUUAAAUGUAUUUUGAUAAGAGACAAUGCAGAUACAGUGGAUAAAGAUGCCUGUAGGAUUACACUGUGUGAUUGUGAUUGACUGUAUAAGAUGGAACAGCAUAGAACUGAUGGACAAAUACUGUGACAUUUUCCCCUUAAAAUCAAAAUUCCUUUUUCAUACCAGUGUAUGCCUGUUUCCUAUUCACAGUCGUGCUGUGUGCUGUUUUACCAUGGAUUAUGGAUAUGUACCUAUU